GCGAGAAGAGCCCCGAUGGAGGAAGUAGAGGAGGAGUCGGGCGCGCCGGCGGCGGGCGCUGCUUCUGUUGCGGGAGGAGGAGGAGGAGGAGGAGGAAGGAGCGUCAUGGCGGCGGCUGUGGCGGGUGCCGGACCUGGCGCGAGUUCGGUUUCGCGCGGAGCUGGCGGAGGCGGCGCAGGAAGUCCGCGCUGGUUCUUCAGCCGGGAGCAGCUGGAGCACACGCCAUCGCGUCGCUGCGGCAUCGAGGCCGACAAGGAGCUUUCGUACCGGCAGCAGGCGGCCAACUUGAUCCAGGACAUGGGCCAGCGCCUCAACGUAUCUCAACUUACAAUUAAUACUGCAAUUGUUUACAUGCACAGGUUUUAUAUGCAUCAUUCAUUCUCAAAAUUCAAUAGAAGUGCUAUAUCUCCUACUGCAUUAUUUUUGGCUGCAAAAGUGGAAGAACAGCCACGGAAACUAGAACAUGUUAUCAAAGUAUCGCAUGCUUGCCUUAAUCCUCAAGAGCCACAGCUGGACACAAAGAGUGAUGCAUACCUUCAGCAGGCCCAAGAGUUGGUUAUACUUGAAACAAUAAUGCUUCAAACUUUAGGUUUUGAGAUUACCAUUGAGCAUCCGCACACAGAUGUUGUGAAAUGUACCCAGUUAGUGAGAGCGAGCAAGGAUUUGGCACAGACAUCCUAUUUCAUGGCUACCAACAGUUUGCACCUUACUACAUUUUGUCUUCAGUACAAACCAACUGUGAUAGCAUGUGUGUGUAUACACUUGGCUUGCAAGUGGUCCAACUGGGAGAUUCCUGUAUCAACUGAUGGAAAACAUUGGUGGGAAUAUGUGGAUCCUUCUGUUACUUUGGAAUUACUUGAUGAAUUAACACAUGAGUUUCUUCAGAUAUUAGAAAAAACUCCUAGCAGGCUAAAGAGGAUUCGAAAUUGGAGGGCUAAUCAGGCUGCUAAGAAACCUAAAGGAGAUGGUCAGGCAUCUGAGAAUUCUUUGCUUGGCUCCUCUCUGGUUCAGAAUUCCAUUUUGGUGGAUGCUGUUGCUGGUGUAUCUGCAAAUGCAAGUUUCCAAAAGCAAUCAACAUCCACAUUUCCUGCCCCAGUUCCUCUGAACUCAGGAAAUAUUUCUAUUCAAGACAGUCAAGAAAACCUGGCAAUGCUAGUUUCAGGAAUGCCAAGUACCUCGUAUAGUUUGCCAUCACACCAAGAAUGGCCUCAACACCAAGAACAAACAAGGACAGAACAGGUAUAUUCUCAAAAACAGGAGGCAACUUUGCCUGGUGGUCAGUUCAACAUAAACUUUCAACCAAGCACUUCAUUGCAAUUGCAUUCAGGGUUGCAUCACAGAUCUGACAAACUCUCCGAGCAUUCUGCUGCACACAAGCCAGGAAACAAACACCAUGGGCAUGUUGUUACUGCCCCAGUAAUAAUUCCUCAGAAAAUGUCAUUGGAUAAAUAUCGAGAGAAACGCAAGCUAGAAACCCUCGAACUGGACAUAAGAGAACACUGUUUGGGCACAGAACCACAAUACAAAAAGCACACGCAACCCCAAGCAGCAAGUAACAGCUCUGUGACAUCUCCUAUUAAAAUGAAAAUUCCUAUGGCAAAUGCAGAGAAGCCAGAAAAACAUAUGGCUGACAAAAAGGAAAAGAUGGGGUCACUCAAACUGCGGAUACCCAUUCCACCCACAGAAAAGAACUCUAGUAAAGAAGACCUGAAAAUGAAAAUCAAGGUGUCUUCCUCCGAGAGGCAUAGCUCAUCAGACGAGGGCAGUGUCAAAAGCAAGCACUCGAGUCCCCAUGUCAGCAAGGAGAAGCACAAGGACCAUUCCACAAACCGCCAUCAUGGUAGCAGUCAUAAGCAUUCCCAUUCGCACGGUGGCGGCGGCGGCAGUAGUAGUGGCAGCAGUAAACAUAGUAGUGAUGGAUUGACACCAGCUAUUCUGAGGAGUCCGGUUGGCUUGAGCAGUGAUGGCAAUUCUUCUAGUUCCGGCUCUUCGCGAAAGAAGCUGUACAGCAAUGAUGCUUCUCACAACCAUCACUCCAAAAUGAGCAAAAGUUCCAAAAGUGCAGGUAGUUCAUCUAGUUCUUCCUCUGUUAAGCAGUAUGUAUCCUCUCUCAACUCUGUUUUUAACCUUCCCUUACCCCCUCCUCCCCCUGUCGCAUACCAGGUGGGCUACGGACAUCUCAGCACCCUCGUGAAACUGGACAAGAACCCAGUGGAGAACGGUCCUGAUGCCAGUCACGAGUACAGUACAAACAGCCAGCAUAUGGACUACAAAGACACAUUCGACAUGCUGGAUUCACUGUUAAGUGCCCAAGGAAUGAAUAUGUAAUCAAUUGUUUAGGUCCCUUUUUUAUUUAAGAAUGAUUAGAAUGGAAACCUUCCAGUCUAAGAGGAGCAACCCCAGCAGUUGCUGCCCCACUUUAUAUAGAUAGAUAUAUAUAAUAUAUGUAAGUGCUGCUUUAUCCUUCACUCUGAAAGAAGAGGUAUAGUAAAUGAGCCUAUCUCCACGUAUGAUGGUGUUAAAAAUACUGUAAUGACAUGGAAGGUGCAAAAAUCACAGUAUUUCCACAACCACAGUUAAGAACAGUAGAUUGAAUGGCUGCUUCUAGCUGUAUCGAAUGCCUCACGCAUCGAUUAUAUUAUUUAUAACUGAACACGCCAGCCACAAAUUUUGUUGCUUAGCUUAUGAAUGAGUGUAAUUUUUUGUGUAUUUAUACUGUAUGUAUGAUUUGCAUGUUUCAAAGAAGGGAUAUGUAAAGUGUACUGACAAUGUUUACAACAAAAGUGGAGAGAAAUGUACAUACAUUUUUGUAUGUUUAGAUAUACCAUAAAUACUCAGGAUUGGAGCUGCUUGUAAGUAUAACAUAUACCUAACUUUUACCUUGUGUCAGAAUCCAGCAGUAAUAUAAACAAAAGUGGCGCUUCAUGUUAAACUGUAGGCCUUCUUGGGAGCUCAUUCCUAAGAGCACUUCGCUGACUGGGGAGCAUGUACCAAUUGUGGAUGGUCAGCCACGGCACAACAUCCUCAGUGAGGCAAUGUGGAUACUGCUCAGGCCUUUAUUUGUGAUUUUUUUUAAUUAAAAGAAAAAACUGCUGAAACGAUAGCUUUCAGAAGGGGGAAUGAAAAUAAAGUUUAUAUAAUCUUUUUGAUGUGGAAGUGCAUUUAAACGUUUGGCUUGAUGCAGUAAUAGAGACACAGAGCUGUUAAUAAUGGUUAUAUAGAAUAACGUGAUUUAAGAACUGAAAUACGUAAAGUUAUAUAGUGCAAUUAGUAAGGUUUUUUUAACUUAAGUUAUUAGUGCACAGGGAUCACUGUUUUCCAUAGCAUUUCAUACUGACGGCCACGUUUUGAAUUCCCAAAAAGUGUAUGUUAUGUGAGUGAAAUGCCAUAUUUCCUUUACAGGUGGAAUACUAUAUUUGCAAUAAAUAAGUACAAUUGUUGGUAUCCCAGAUCCUCCCUUACCUCAGACAAUAAAAUAAUUGUCACGUAUGCUACGUGAAUUGUACUUGUGAUUGUAGUAACAAAACUGGAGGUUGUUUUUCAGCUCUGAAUAAUUGCGCUCCAAUUAAACCACUAGUAUACUUUUUAUGGCUGUAAGUGUCAUAUUACUGUUUACACAGUUACCUGCCUUUUAAAACAAAUUAUGAUGGUUAAUUCAUUCCAUUCAAUUUACUUGUAACCUGCUUUUCCUUUCCAAAGAACCCAAAGCAGCUAACAAUAUGUUGAUGAAUGUUGAUGGGGAUUUUAAAGUCAAUGUUUCACUUUUACCAGCUUGACCCUAAAUGCAUGGACGUUAACUCGGCAUAAAUUCAGUAUAGUAGCAAGUGUUACGUACUGGGUAUUUAAUGUAAAAAAUUUAUUAAGUUAUCCUCGUGUCUUAGAGGGAUUCACUAUUUGAUUAACGUCUGUUCUUGCACAGUUUAUGCUCUAAUUGGUUAUAAACAUUUCAGAAGGAAGUCUGAAGUUUAAGCCCUCUAGCUACACUAAAAGUGCUUUAAGUCAAAAUUGUUGAGCAUGUAUCCAGUUCAUAGUUACACUAGGAUGUAACUACUUGUGCAUCAAUUACUAUGUAAUAUUCAGUUGCCGUAAUGCAAAACUUUGUACUACAUACUUGAAUACCUUUUAUUUGAACUAUGGGUAACUUUUUUUAACACUUAUUGAACAUGGACACUAUGAAUAAUGUUUCUUCAGAUUUUAAUAUCUUCUUUAGCCCUUGAGUCUGCUUCACCCAAAACUGUUACUACUUCAUUCUUGUAACUUUCUACAUUGAAAGAAUAUUUCUUAAACCCUGUAUUGUGAAACUUGAUCCUACAUUGUUGCAUUUUUAGCCUUUUUAGACUUUCUUCGCUACCUCAUCCAUGCUAUUAAAUUCUGAAGAAUUUUUGCCAUACAGUGUAAGCAAGGUUAAAAUGUCUUAAAUUGUGGUUCCCAAUAGGAAGAAAACAACCAGUACAUGUUUACUUUGAAUAAAAUUGAUUUACAAAGCCUCACA